ACUGCGUGUUGUGCUUGCGUGUACCAAAUAUUAAAAUGAGGCCCAUUAUAACUACUGGUGCCGAACCUGGCAGGGGCGAUCUGAUGAAAGAACAAAGCUUGGCGCCUGCUGUCGAAGAGCUGUGGCACACAUGGGAGAUCCACAGCAUGAUCCUCGUCAGCCUGUUCCUGCAAGUCUUCCUCUUUCUCUUUGCGGGAAAACGGAUGCAUUGGAACAAGCAACUGGGGCAAAUGGUCCUGUGGCUUGCCUACUUAUCGGCCGACUCAGUGGCCACCUUCGUGCUGGGCCAGCUCGCGGUCCGCGCGAUCGAGCCGAGCGAUCAGGGGCUCAUGUCCUUCUGGGCGCCGUUCGUGCUCGUCCACCUGGGCGGGCAGGAGACCAUGACGGCCUUCUCCAUGCAGGACAACGAGCUGUGGAAGCGGCACCUACUGAACCUGGUCAUCCAGGCAGCAGUCGCCGGCUACGUCGUGGGCAAGGCCUCUUGGCCGGACCGCCGGCUCAAGGCGGCAUUGGUUCUCGUGUUCGUCUCUGGGUUUUUCAAGUACGCGGUGCGUACUUGGUACCUCUUCCUUGCGAGACCAAAUUUUCUGAAGAGCCCCAAGUCAUGGAUGAUAUACGGGCAAGGCAAAACUUCUUAUGAGGACAAGAGGGAACAAGCCAUAAUAGACAUGGAGAAAGUUCUUCAUAGGUUGUCCAAAGGCAGUACAGAGCGUCGUCCAUUGUUCGUGGAGUCCUUCAGUCUCACAAUUGACAUCAUGGCAGGGGAUGCUCCCCUCAACACAGUGGGGAGCAUUACCUUAGCAGAGACUGGGAAGCUACCAGGCAUGCUCGGCGAGUUCCUAUCUCGUGAUGACCACCACAAUGCCUACGAGCACGUGGGAACACUUCUGGUAGAGUGCUACUCACGACUCUACACCAAAUGUUAUGUUCUAGGGAGUUUGACUGAUGGUUUGAGACUGGUCCUCAGGAAGCGCAAUAUGGUACCGUGGUACUCACGACUCUACAGUGUUCAAUUUAUCUUUCAAUCCAUCUACUUUUGGGUCACCCUCUUCCCGUAUGUCGCAAUGCCGAUAGCCCUGGUGCUCUUCGCGAUCGCCGAAAAGGGGGACCCACUACUCCAUAGUAGCAGAGGCAGAGUUGAUAUCAUGGUGUCCUACCUACUGUUUGUGGGAGCAAUAGUACUAGAUGUGUCCUCUGUUGUCAGCAACAUUUUCUCCCGCUUCCGUUCCAAAUGCUGCUCCAAGAAGAAUCAGUGGUCCCAAAAGCUUAACCAAUACAACAUGACCAAUAGUGCAGAGGUAUCCGAGUGCCUUAGAAGUAUACAGGAAAAGUGUGGCUGCGAGGUACAUGAUGUAGCCCUCAGUAUGCCCAUCAAGGAGUUCAUCCUCGACACUUUGUUAGUCUCGGGAACAAGAAAAGAAUGGAACAUUGCCAGCACCCGUGGCCAGCUAGCGCUUCAUCACCGCAAGGCGACGACAAGCACACUAAGAGCACUUGAGGAGAGCGUCAGAACCGGUAUUGAUUUCCCAAGAAGCGUGCUCAUAUGGCACAUUGCAACAGACAUGUGCUUUCGUUACUCCGGCGAAUUCGACGCCGCCACCACUUAUUCUGCUGAUGGAUUAUUGAAGAAGCAUUGCUACAAGCAGAUGAGCAGAGAGCUAUCAAACUACAUCAUGUACCUUGUCUUCAAGUGCGGUGUGAUGCUUACUACCUACUCCCAUGUUGUACAUGACGAAACCCUAGUUGAAAUUGCAAAAAAGCUAUCACCGUAUCAAAGACAUUGUGUUAAUCCAGGUGAUCUCAAGGAUGCUGUCAUCACGAAGCUUCUUCUUUCUGAAGAAAUCAAGAUGGAGCGUGAAGAAUCAAAGGAACAAGUUGAAAUAAUCAAGGUCGAGCAUGAAGGAGAAUCCAACAAGGAGGAAGGACGAGAUGAAAUUAAUGACCAGAUAGAGCAUGAAGAAUCGGCCAACGAUGACAAUAACGAUGCAGCUGCCGAGGAUUACAUUAAGAAAUUCUUUCAGAGUGCUGAAGCUCAUUCUUCACUGCUGCCCUGGGCACGUGAGGUGGCCCAGGAGCUGAUUAGCAUCAAGGAUGAAGCUGAGCGCUGGGACCUCAUUGCCGCGGUGUGGGCGGAGAUGCUUUACUACACCGCGCCACGUUGCGGGGCUGCUUUCCACGCCGAGCAUCUAGCCAAGGGUGGUGAGUUCGUCACUCAUGUUUUCGUUCUCAUGUAUUUGCUUGGUCCUUUCAUGCCACCCGCCCCUGGUGCUUGACCUCCUUCACCUACUACAUGCGCCGUGCCGUUGUCGUCUAAGCCUUUUCGAGCAAUUAUUUCAUCAUCCUGUACUCUUAUGAUUGUAUCUUACUUCGAUCCGAACCAA